GCUAAAAAUACAUUCGUCCCUGCUGACUUUCUGAAGUGGGGAAUUGUACUGACCCUGGAUCAGUCUGCAGUCAUUUCAACCCCGCGGUUUUAAUUUGGGUGCAGAAAAGAGAUCUGCUCCACGGACAGCAGGGCCCGCCCACUCCCACGGGCUCCUCCCUCUCCCGAGGCACGCGACUCUGUUGACUCGUCACCGUGGCAACAGUGCACCGCUGGGAUUUCGUCCGGCUCUUGUUUUACAGCUUUUAUUAGCGUGCUAAAGAGUCAUAGUAUUACAAUGAUAGCAGGUAAUACUAUCAUGUAAGGAUAGUACUGUGUCCUAUUCCGGGCAAAGCUUUGAAUAACGAAGAUGUCGGAUAUAUUGAGCCGGUGGCUGAACGAGGAGCUCGAGCUGUCACAAGCUGUUGAUCCCAAGACCUUCGCCAGGGAUUUCUCCAGCGGUUACCUAAUUGGGGAGGUUUUGCAUAAAUAUCAGUUGCAGAAUGACUUCAGUAUGUUCGUGAAGAAAGACUCCUCCAUCUGCAAACUGAAUAACUUUACCCGCGUUGAGCCUACGCUCCGGUUGCUGGGCAUCUCCUUUGACACAAACACAGCCCAGGAACUGAUGCAGGAGAAGCAGGGUGUUGCCACGCGCCUCCUUUACCAACUUUACGCCUCGCUUGAAAAGAAGAAGAAAGCCGAAAUAAGCAGCACGUUGAUGGAAAUAAUGCAGCCCGCUGCCAUUGCUAGCCUGCACAAAAAAGAGCAUGAGUACUACUCCGAUCGACUGCAUCGAGUGGUCAGACGUGAUGCAGAGCUGAAGCUACAGAAGAUUUCUCAACAUUAUGAGGAGAAAUGCCAGCAACUGGAUGAGAGGCCUGUGGUGACCCAGCCCACCCAACAAAAGAGACAACUCAGAGGGAAGGGUGACAAGAGAUUGAAGAAUAUUGAGCUGCGGGUGUGUCGUCAAAAGUACAGUGACGCCAUGACCUGUAACCAGGGCGCCAUUGUCCAGGUGCCCAAGCCACCUCCCUACACUUCAAAGUUCAACCUAAAGAGGAGGCAGCAGCAGCAGCAACGCAGAGAACAACAAGCGCAGACAGUGCAGACGGAAAUAACCCAGUUUGAGACGAGGAAGAAACUGGUUACUUAUGGUUUUGCUUCCUCUUCAAGUGGUCAACCACUAGAUUUUCCCUUAGGUCGCAUCAGCCAGGACACAGGAAGAGGGGCGACGCUGACAUUACAAUCUAAUAGCAAGUAUGUACAGGACAUCCGACAGAGGCUGGAGGAGAACGCAGUAGCUCGCGAGCAGAGAGAGAAAAGACGAGACAGAUUCCUGGUGGAGCAGCUCCAGGCCCAUGAGGCUCAAGAGGAGGCACUGCGAGAGGAGCAGCUGGUGAAGCGCCUGACGCGUCAGACGCAGCAGGAGCAGCGUCUGACCACCCAGCUCCUCCAGAUUCACGUGCAGAAGGACGUGAUCCGGAAGAACCGCCUGUUCAGAGAGCAACAGUACCAGCAGCGGAGAGAGAGGGACUUCCAGGAAGCUCUGGAGAGGGAGGCGGCUCUGGCUCAGCAGGCUAAAUUGGACCGUGCCGAGGAGAUCAGAAAGGAGCUUGAAUUCUGUAACAGGAUUGCUGCUGAGCGAGCGCAGGGCAGACACAAGAAGCACUUUAAGAUCUGCAAGGACAUUUUGGAGCAGAUAGUGGACUUGGCCACCAAGGUUGGAGAAUAUCGGCUGCACACAGGGAAUCUGAUUCCAGCGAAGCCGAUGAGAGAGUGGAAGGAAUUGCUGUUCAGUGGCCUUCCUCUCUAUGAGCCGAUAAAGUGCCAGGAGCCGGGCUUCUCCGCCCCGCUGGACCCCGUUGAGCUUGAGAAGCAGGAGAUACUCAAAAAACAGGACUAUGACGAGUACACUAACAUGGUAGGUGAGUGGGCGUGGCCAGAGGAAGCAGGACAGACCAAAUUGCCCCCGACCAACAAUAACAUUCUAGGACACGUUGUCCUGCGAGUGAGGAACAUUGUUCAUCCACCCGUCGUGAAACCCUCCCCGCCUCCCUUUCCUCACUUCACCAUCAAGGCCUGCGUCCUGGGCAAGUUGUGCUCUGGGAAGACCACCUGCCUGGCCGGGCUUGCCGAAGCCCAUGGGAUCUACGUCUUGUCAGUUGACUCGCUGAUCGAGGAGGCACUGAAUGCUUACCACGACGGAGAGAAGGUAACAGAACAGCAGGAAGAGAGAGACCACAAACUACAGCGCACAUCCUCCACAUCAGAGAAGCUUGAUCUGGACACUCAAGAGGAAAGCAGAGGCAGAAUUCCUUCUACCCGGGCCAUGCAGGGAGCAGCCGCUGAAAAAGAGCUGAAGGAAGGCAACACUAUUCCUAAUGAGCUGUUAGUGGACAUUGUAGUAGAGGCUAUCAGGCAGGUUCCGGCCCAGUCAGGUUGGAUCCUGGAUGGCUUUCCAGUGGACAUCAACCAAGCUCACCUGCUAGAAAAAGCCCUGGGUGGGUCUGUAGAGGAAGGGAAUGGCGUUCUAAGCAGCGUGACAGAACUCGCUGCUGAUCCUAACCCACCCGAACCCGCACCACCCGCACCUCCGGCCCUGGACCUGGCUCUGCUGCUGGAUGUCCCCGAUGAGUGUGUGAUCGGACGUCCGUUCAGCCAGAUGGAUAAUGCUGCUGCUUCCACCUCGCAGCCAACAGACAAGAACUUGUAUCUGGCACAGAUUCCACAAAGGAUCACAGCGUUCCAGGACACCUGGCCAAAACUAGAGAAAUGGUUUGUAGGAAGGCAAAACAUCUUGGUCCGCGUUGACGCAAAUGUGGACGAGGUGGAGCUUCACAAAAGGGUGGAGUCCGCCCUGCAGCGAGUUAUGAUGCAAACACAGGAAGCUCUGGCCGAUCCGUCUGGUGACGAUUUGGUGUUGGACAGUGGGAAGGCUCUGGGUUCCUCCUCUUCAGCUUCUCCUCAAACUGAAGAGCAACCUCAGGGCCUCACACAUGAAGCACACGCAGAGUCCUACGCCAGCCCCGACAAAAAAGAAGACCCAAGUGUGAAGUCACUGCCCAAAUCCAACAAACUCCGAAGAGCGCCAUCUAGGAAGGCGUCAACCUCCUCAGUGACCAAUGAGGACUCUCAGGGAGUCCCCGAGAACCCAGCGAAGUCGGCCUCUCCCUGCCCAGGUUCAUCCGGCUGGGUCUAUGUGGAUGAGCCGCUGCCUCCAGAGCUGCCAGAGUACCUGUGCCCCCAUUGGGACACAGUGUGCGAUUCUUACGUGAACAACGUCAAGGCGGUGAUGCAUCAGCUUCGCUCACAGCGAUCUGUUAUUGACCUCCACCUAUUCAACAUCAGAGAGGAGUACAAGCAAUACAUGGGGCGUCCAGACUUAAAGCAGGAGUUAGUAUCUCAUUGGCAGAAGGACUUCAACAGCAUACCUGAUGACAUGAGACAAGAUGAGGAUACCAAAGCAGAGUUACAUCACAGGCUGGAUGAACUGUGCGAACGUCUGUGGGACAUUUGUGACAAGCGUAAGGAGAAGGACGAGAAAGAGAAGGAUGGUCUCAUGGCCGACGGAUGGUUGGAGGAACACACCGCCCUCCUCGUCAACCACCACUCGCUUCUCUUGCAGGUAGAGUUGGACCGUUUCCAGGACACACUGCGCAUCCUCAAGGUCUACUAUCUGAGCAUGUGCAGACAGGUGUUACCUGAGCUUCCCUCCAAGUUGGAUUGUAUCCCCCUACUGGAGGACGAGAGACGCCCUGACUCCAAGACGAAACGCCAGGCUCCUCCAGAAUCUGUCAAGUCACCCCAUGAGAAGCUGAUCUCCGACUACGGGGAGGCAUGCAAAGCAAUCAGCCACUUGGUAUCAGCAGAAGCCCACCAGGGGGAGAUGAAAGAACAGAAGGAGGGGGCGAGGACUAAUAGUCAAGAAGUCAUAAACAAAAUACAUAAAGAAUAUGCAGCCGCACUGCAUCAUGAGGGGAAUGCAGCAAAGUCACGCAUUGCGCUGGUGAGAGGUCAUGGUCUGGUGAUGGUGCAGUCCCUGCAGAGCAGAGCUGAACAGACAUCAAGCAGCAUGCAGGAGUCUUUAGAAGCACACUACCUUGCAGGACUGAAGAGUGUUGAACAACUGUCAGAAGUGGUUGGCCACCACAUACAGGCUGGUGCUAAGUUGCAGAAGGAGCUGGUGUUGGAAUGUACAGACUUCCAUUUAAAUGGGGACUGCCACAUGGUGGCCAGCCCGGCGCCGCCUCCUCGUCCGCCUCCUCAUGAGAAACCCAUGGCGUCCACGCCGACCGUCACUCAGCUAGAGUCGCUGCGCCGAAUGCUUCACGAUGUUGCUCCAUCAGGCCUCAUUUCAAACUAUGAUUUGUUUAGUUUGCUCAUGGAUAUCAUCUCGGUGAGCCUGGGCAGAAACACCUUGCCUGAGCCCUGGCUUAACAUGGAUGAAACUCAGUUGUUGGAGAUUGUGUCCCUCUUGAAGGACUCCUGUGAGCUGAUAGACUGGCGUCGGUUUCUGCUCAGUGCUGCCCUCCCAUGGCCUUUUCCCUCCUCAUCACAGCUGCUGGACGUGCUGCGACGUUUCAAGGCAGCAGAUACUGGCAACACAGCCUACGUGAACGAGGAACAGUACCUACAGACAAAGUUGUGGUUUUCCGAUGAGAGUGGCCAGCCCGUCCCAGAGGACCCCUCCGAGCCUCUGCCUAACGACCGCCUGGCUAACCUACGCAAGUUCUUUUUCCAGUUGUUUGCGGACCGCUCUUUCUCUCCUCCUCGACUGGAUUAUGUGUGCAUGCUGCAGUACUUUGCGGCCGACCCCGACCCCCGUCAGGGAUUCAUCAGAGCACUUAGUGUGGUGCUUGGACAACAUCUCAUGCACUCCUCUGCCAGCCCUCUUGUCAAGUCUAUGCCCAGCAUGCAAGAGGCUGCCCAGCUCAGCUCCUCAGACCCCGAUGCAGACUACAAGGUAGAGGACUUUCUGUGUGCAUCGAGCGCUUCGUUGGGGGAGAAGGAGGUGUCCAUCCCGGCUCUCCUCGCCGUCAUCUGCCACAAAGCCCCCAGGGCGAGAGGCGGCAGCGCUCUGCCUCCAGGCAGCCUCAGUCCGGAGGAGCACACUGAGCAACUGGUGCGUGUCUUCAGAGAGCUGGGCUACACGCCCGAGGACUGCGCCCCCUUCUCCGUUCUCUCUCAGCAUCCUUUCAUCCAGCACCUCAUGGAGACCUCAACACACCACCAGCUUGUGGUGAGUCUCCGUGUUGGCUCGUCUGUUUGCUCGCACUCGUCACCGUUAUCUUUUGUCUCUCUCUCUCUCUGCCUCUCAGAACAUUCAUACAGUGCUACUGGCCCAUCAGGAUGAAGGACAGAUUCCUGAAGGAUGAUAAAAGUAUACAAGUGUCCUCACUGCUGAACGCGUUUGCCGAAAUGUACGGCUCACUUCAGUGUUGAAUGAAUCCACGUGGGACACAACUUGUGUCAGCCUGUAGACACGUCAAUGACCGUCAUUCAAAUGACAACAAUAAAAUAAACGAUGAAAGGAU